AUGGCCAUCUCGGCGAAAGAGUUCACGCUCCGUGACGAUAAACGAAUAGCGGUUCGUCGGCCGCCGGCCCUUCCGCUACAAACGGAUCGGACGGCGACGGCGGCCGACGGGUUAAACGACAAAGGGGUAACGUCGGCACCGGCGAACGCCCAAAUAGCUGAGACGCGGAGUAAUAGAGAAGAUGAAAGGGCCUCGAGUGCGUGUCUACUGGGACAAGGUCCGGACUGCGAUCUGGUCCAGUCCAAAGACGACGACUUGGACUGGGAGCGAGGCCCUCCGCCGGCGCCGAGGGACGCCUGGAUGCCGGAAGGCUCCUCCCCUUUCUUGUUCGUGAACACGAGCGGUCGCGGCGCCGGAAAGGGCGCCCGUCUUCUGGUGCCGCCACUGAAAGAGAACGACACUCACUGCAUCAACUUCUUGUUCUAUCAAGACGCCGAGCUCAACGUCUACGUCAAAGAAAACAACAGCCCGCCGGGCUUUCCCGUCUUCAACUCGUCCGGACACGAGGGACGCACGUGGACCUCGUUGGAGCUGGCCGUGUCCACCUUCUGGCCCAACCUCUACCAGGUGAUGUUUGAGGCGGUAAGCGGCGGGCGCGGAGGAGGCGUGGCCAUCAAAGACCUCUCGCUGCAGGGACACCAGUGCGCGAGUGCGCCUCACUUCCUGCACAUCAAAGGCGUAGAGGUCAACGCGGGGCAGGCGGCCGUCUUCUCCUGCACGGUGAGCGGUCGCCCGCGCGGCGACGUGAGCCUCUACCUUCAGGGCGCUAGCGGUCGCCGCGCCGUCGCCGCCGAAACCAAGCCCAUCAACCCGCGGCGUUACGUGGCCACCUUCCACGUGGACAACACCACCAAAGAGGACUCGGGGCGCUACCGCUGCAUCGGACGAUCGGAUCGCGGCGUGGGCGUGUCCUCCUACGCCGACCUCACCGUCAAGCAGCCCCCCGUGCCUAUCGCGCCGCCUCAGUUGACGGCGGUGGGCGCCACCUACCUGUGGAUCCAACUCAACGCCAACUCCAUCAACGGCGACGGCCCCAUCGUGGAGCGCGAGGUGGAGUACCGCACCACGGCGGGCGUGCUGAUCGACACCACGCCCGUGGACAAGGCCACUCACAAGAUCGGCCACCUGGACCCCGACACCGAGUACCUGAUCAGCGUGCUGCUCACGCGCCCGCUAGAGGGAGGCACGGGGAACCCCGGGCCGCCGCUACGCGCCCGCACCAAGUGCGCAGAGCCGCUGCACGGUCCGCGCGGCCUACGCGUGGCGUCGGUGCGCUCCAGGGAAGUGACGCUGCGCUGGGACGCGUCGGGCUACGACGUGACGCGCUGCCACAGUUUCAACGUGACGCUGCUCUACCGCUACCGACCUGAGGGGGAGGAGCGACGAGAAGCGGUCUACGAGGCGCGGGCCGCCGCGCCGCAACACACCCUGCGCGGGCUCACGCCCUUCACCAACGUCAGCAUCCGGCUGGUCCUCAGCAACCCCGAAGGAAGUAAAGAAAGCCAGGAGAUGGCGGUGCUGACGGACGAGGACGUUCCCGGAGCGGUUCCGGCGGCGUCCGUCGAGGGCGCCAGCUACGAGCAGCGCAUCCGAGUCAGCUGGGCGCCGCCGCUGCAGACGUUCGGCCGGAUCCGCCAGUACGAGGUCUCCUUCAAAGCCCUGAGUUCCUUCGACUCGGACGUGGACCUGAGCAACCAGAGCGGGAAGGUGCUGAAGGCGGCCAACGAGAGCAGUCACGUGUUUAGCGGCCUCUUUCCGGGCUCCACCUACUCCUUCACCAUCAGGGUGGCCACCGCCAAAGGCUUCGGAGCGCCCGCCGUGGCUCGGUUCACCACCAAGAUCUCAGCUCCCGUCAUGCCCGCGUACGAACGGCAGCCGCCCAUCAACCAGAGCGACGUCACCGUCAGCGUACUGCUGCGACCGGCGCGCAGCCGCGGCGCCCCCGUCAGCAAAUACCAGGUGGUGGUGGAGGAAGAGCGCCCCCGCAGGCAGACGAGAGGCACGGCGGAAAUCCUCCGCUGCUAUCCGGUCCCGAUCCACUUCCUGAACGCCACGCAGCUCAACUCGCACUACUACUUCAGCGCCGAGCUGGCCGUCGGCCACGUCCGCGAGCCCACGCCGUUUUGCGUCGGUGACAACGGCACCUACGGCGGCUUCUGGAACGUCCCUCUGCUGCCUCACAAGAGUUACGCCAUCUACUACCAGGCGGUCAGCAGCGCUAACGGGGAGACAAAGAUCGACUGCGUCCGCGUGGCCACCAAAGCCGCCAUCAUCAGCACACAGCUGAGCACGCCGCAUGCCGGCUUUGGCCUCCGAGGGGCGGGCGCCGCCGCCGCCGGCGACAAACAGCUCACAGGCACGGCCACCGGGAAACCGGAACCGGAUCAGGAGAAGCGGUCGGACCGCACGGUGAAGAUCGCCGGCGCCGCGGCCGGCGUCUUGCUCUUCAUCAUCCUCUUCCUCGGGGCCGUCCUCCUCAUGAAAAAGCGGAAGCUGGCAAAGAAAAGGAAGGAAACGCUCAGCUCCAGACAGGAAAUGACUCUGAUGGUCAACAGUUCCCAGCACGCAACAAUGCUGGACACGCACGCACACACGCUCAACGGACACAGUGAGUGCCCCGCGUCAUCUUUCACCCUGAAGACAAACAGCAGCACCAUUCCCAAAUCCUACUACGCAGACGCGUCGGUGCCGACCGCCAUUUUGGUUCCCAUUCAUGACGAGCUGAGCAGCGAGACCAGCAGCCUGGUCCAGAACCACCUGAAGCAGCGCGAGGCGGAGCGCGAGCCGCCCCCCUACCACCCCGACCCGGCCCAACUGCACCCCGCCAUCCGCGUGGCCGACCUGCUGCAGCACAUCACGCAGAUGAAGUGCGCCGAAGGAUACGGCUUCAAGGAGGAGUACGAGCUUAACGAGAGUUUCUUCGAGGGCCAGUCGGCGCCUUGGGACUCAGCCAAAAAAGACGAAAACAGGAUGAAGAAUCGCUACGGCAACAUCAUCGCCUACGACCACUCGCGCGUGCGUCUGCAGCCGCAGGAUGGCGAGAAAGGCUCCGACUACAUCAACGCCAACUACGUGGACGGCUACCACCGCCCCAACCACUACAUCGCCACGCAAGGUCCCAUGCAGGAGACCAUGUACGACUUCUGGCGAAUGGUGUGGCAGGAGAACACGGCGGCCAUCGUCAUGGUAACCAACCUGGUGGAGGUGGGGCGGGUGAAAUGUUGCAAGUACUGGCCCGACGACAGCGACAUCUACGGCGACGUUUCCGUCACGCUGAUGGAGACGCAGCUGCUGUCGGAGUACGUCGUCCGAACCUUCGCCGUGGAGAAGAGGGGCGUGGCCGAGAUCCGGGAGAUCCGGCAGUUCCAUUUCACGGGCUGGCCCGACCACGGGGUGCCGCUCCACGCCACCGGACUGCUGGGCUUCAUACGCCGCGUUAAGGCCAAGACGCCGUCGGCCGCGGGGCCCACCGUGGUGCAUUGCAGCGCUGGAGCGGGUCGCACGGGCUGCUUCAUGGUGAUCGACAUCAUGCUGGACAUGGCGGAGCGCGAGGGCGUGGUGGACAUCUACAACUGCGUACGAGAGCUGCGAGCGCGACGGGUCAACAUGGUCCAGACCGAGGAGCAGUACGUCUUUAUCCACGACGCCAUCUUGGAGGCGUGUCUCUGCGGCGACACCUCCGUCCCCGCCAAUCAGCUGCGUUCCGUCUACUACGACGUCAACCGGCUGGACCCGCAGACCAACUCCAGUCCCAUCAAGGAGGAAUUUAGGACGCUGAACAUGGUGACGCCGACGUUGCGCGUAGAGGACUGCAGCAUCGCCCUGUUGCCGCGCAACCACGACAAGAACCGCUGCAUGGACGUGCUCCCUCCUGACCGAUGUCUGCCCUUCCUCAUCACCAUGGACGGCGAGAGCUCGAACUACAUCAACGCCGCGCUCAUGGACAGCUACAAGCAGCCGUCGGCCUUCAUCGUCACGCAACAUCCCUUGCCCAACACCGUCAAGGACUUCUGGCGUCUGGUCCUGGACUACCACUGCACCGCCGUCGUCAUGCUCAACGACGUGGACCCCGCGCAGCUGUGUCCUCAGUACUGGCCCGAGAACGGCGUCCAUCGUCUGGGCUCGCUGCAGGUGGAGUUUGUGUCGGCCGACCUGGAAGAGGACGUCAUCAGCCGCAUCUUUCGAAUCUACAACAACGCUAGGGUAUGCUGUCCGGCCGGCCGGCUGGCCGGCCGGCCGCCCACCCGCUCACUCGACUCGCCCCAAGACGGCUACCGCAUGGUCCAGCAGUUCCAGUUCUUGGGCUGGCCCCGGUACCGGGACACGCCGGUCAACAAGCGCUCCUUCCUCAAGCUGCUCCACCUGGUGGACAAAUGGCAGGAAGACUACGACGGCGGCGACGGACGCACGCUCGUCCACUGCCUGAACGGCGGGGGGCGCAGCGGCGUAUUCUGCAGUGUCAACAUUGUGUGCGACAUGUUGCGACAACAGCGUAGCGUGGAUGUUUUUCAUGCGGUGAAAACUCUGCGAAACAACAAACCCAACAUGGUGGACCUUUUGGAACAAUACAAGUUUUGUUACGAAGUGGCUCUGGAGUAUUUGUCUUCGGCGUAG